AGCGCUGCACAGCCUGUGUGAGCUGUUUUGGAGACGACCUCGUGGAGAAGAGGCCGUGCUCAUGGAACUCCUCCCGCGUCUGUGAGUGCCGGGCUGGCAUGUUCUGUGACACAUCAGCCACCAACAGCUGUGCCCGCUGCUCCCCUCACUCUGUCUGCCCGACAGGGAUGGUUGUCAAGUUCCAGGGCACAGCGCAGAGGGACACUGUCUGUGAGCCGCCUUCCCCCACAGUGGCAACCCCCGACUGCAGCGCCAGCCCACAGGACUGCAAGGCUCCCUCCAGCAGCACCACCCCCCAGGUCAAGCCCACCCUGACCUCCCCAGCAAGCUCUGAUGCCAGGACCCCGCUUUUUGAAGGAGGCACCUCCCUCACCCCAGAAGAUGCUUCUAAAAUGACUGCCAACUCUACAUCCUCUGUGGGGAAGCUCAAUCCAGAGCCAGGGCUGACCCUGCAGCAGCUGUGCCCUCAGGGGUCUGCCAACUGCAGGAAGCAGUGUGACCCUGAGUACUACCUGGAUAGGGAUGGUCGCUGCACGGCCUGCGUGAGCUGCUCUGGAGACGACCUCGUGGAGAAGAGGCCGUGCUCAUGGAACUCCUCCCGCGUCUGCGAGUGCCGGGCCGGCAUGUUCUGUGACACAUCAGCCACCAACAGCUGUGCCCGCUGCUCCCCUCACUCUGUCUGCCCGACAGGGAUGGUUGUCAAGUUCCAGGCAAGCUCCGAUGCCAGGACCCCGCUUUUUGGAGGGGGCACCUCCCUCACCCCAGAAGAUGCUUCUAAAAUGACUCCCAACUCUACCUCCUCCAUGGGGAAGCUCAAUCCAGAACCAGGGCUGACCCUGCAGCAGCUGUGCCCUCAGGGGUCUGCCAACUGCAGGAAGCAGUGUGACCCUGAGUACUACCUGGAUAGGGAUGGUCGCUGCACGGCCUGCGUGAGCUGCUCUGGAGGCCACCUCGUGGAGAAGGCGCCUUGCACGUGGAAUGCCUCCCGUGUCUGCGAGUGUCGACCCGGCAUGUUCUGUGCCACGUCCGUCACCGACUCCUGUGCCCAUUGUGUCACCCGCCCCACCUGCCCUCCAGGGACGGUCGCCGACCUCCAGGGUACGGCUGAGAGGGACACCACUUAUGAACCACCUCCCCCAGGGACCCACCCUAACUGCAGCACCAACCCAGAGGACAGUGGGGCACCUGCAAGCCCCACCCCCUCUCUGAUCUCCCUGGCCGACUCCCUGACAGGUAAGGAGCGUGGAAGUGGCAUCACCCACGCCCGGGGGCAUGCCUCCAUCUCAACCAGUGCUCCCAUCUCCUUCUCCUCCACGGGGAAGCCCACCCUGGUUUCAGGACCUGUGCUCUUCUGGGUGAUCUUGACACUGGUGGUGGUCGUCAGCUUCAGCUCCUUUCUCCUGUGCCACCGGAGGGCCUGCAGGAAGUGGAUUGGGCAGAAGCUCCACCUGUGCUACCCAGUCCAGGCCUUCCGGCCCAAGCCGGAACCUAUGGAUUCCAGGCCCAGGAGGAACCUGACACUGACCAAGAGCCUAUCAGUGACAGAGCCGGGCAGUGAGGAGCAGGGGUUGCUGAGCUCCCCGGCUGUGGAGACCUGCCCCAACCUGGAGAGCCUGCGGUUGCUGGAGGCCAACCCAGCCAGCAGCCCCUCGACCCCCACGGACCUUCCUGAGCCCCGAGGGACCAUGGAGCACACCAACAACAGGAUCGAGAACAUCUACAUCAUGAAGGCUGACACCGUGAUUGUGGGGACCGUGAAGGCCGAGGUGCCUGAGGUCCAGGGCCCUGUGGGGCUGCCCGGGCCUGAGUUCGAGGAGGAUCUGGAGGUGGACCAUGCCCCCCACUACCCGGAGCAGGAGACAGAACCACCGCUGGGCAACUGUGGGGACGUUAUGUUUUCGGUGGAGGAGGAAGGGAAGGAGGACCCCUUGCCCACGACCGUCUCUGGGAAAUGAGGCCUGGCCUGGGCUGGGGCUGAGAGGGCAGCUGGGUGCCUCUGGAGACCACGGUGGCCCCGGUGGCCCGAAGCUGGUAGCACCAACCUGGUGGCAGAGG